GCGGAACUUGGUCGUUUAAUUGAAAUAGUAGUUACCGGUUUGCCACUCGCUCUAUGGCUAACCGAACGGUAAAAGAUGCGCACACAGUGCACGGAACAAAUCCUCAAUAUUUAGUGGAAAAGAUUACCAGAAGCCGCAUUUAUGAAUCCAAGUACUGGAAGGAACACUGUUUCGCUUUGACGGCCGAAUUGCUGGUCGAUAAAGCAGUGGAGCUUCGCUACAUUGGUGGUGUUUACGGUGGAAACGUGAAACCUACUCCGUUUCUUUGUUUGACCCUCAAAAUGCUCCAAAUUCAACCAGACAAGGAUAUUGUGAUUGAAUUUAUAAAGCAAGAGCCUUACAAAUAUGCCAGAGCUUUGGGUGCAUUUUAUUUGCGAUUGGUUGGAGAAUCCGUCGAAAUAUACAAGUACUUGGAGACCCUUUAUAAUGAUUUCAGGAGGCUAAAAUGUCAGGAUCGCAUGGGAAAUUUUAGUUUGAUAUAUAUGGAUGACUUUAUUGACAGUCUUCUCACUGAGGAACGCGUUUGUGACGUCAUAUUACCCCGCUUGCAGAAGAGAUCGGUUCUGGAAGAAACCAACACACUCGAACCCCGACAGUCACUGUUAAAUGAAGACUUGGAAGAUAUACAGUAUGUUGAAGAGCUAGAAACUGCCGCCGUAAAUGUAACCGAUCGUGAGAAACCCAAGGACCGUGAGAAGCCUCGUCAUCGUGACCGUGAUUAUGAAGCGCGCAAAAAGGAACGCGAGCAUCAUCAUCAUCGGCACAGGCAUCGCGAAGAUUCACCUCACAUGGAACGUCCGCGUGUUAGAAAAGAUAAAGAGUAUGAGCUAUCCCGCCAUAAAGAACGUGAUGAUAAGGAUCGUGAUCGUCGUCAUGAACGAGACAGAGAUAGAAGGCGAAGUCGAUCAAGAGAAAAGCGUGGGAGGUAUGACGAAGACCGUCAUUCACCAGAUUACAAGCGGCAGCGAGACAAGGACAGGGGACGAGAAAGGAGGCGCUGAUAUCAAAGUUACUGUUUUUGUCUUUUGUACAUAUUUUUUCCUUGAAUACAUCACUUAAUGUCGCUACUAA